CUUGAUUAUAGUGAUAAUGUUUAAGUCAAAGAAAAUACACAAAGAGAAGACCCAUUCUUGAAGAGUGAACACAUUCCCCCCCUCCAACUAUAUUACAAAUUCAUUCUAUCCCCACACCUUAUUGUGUAUCUCUUUCUUUCUUUUUUUCUUUACAAUCUUCAUCUAUUAAAAAUCUUUAAACUCUUAAAAUUUUCUUGAUCUUCCUUAAAAAAAUCAAGAAAAUGUUGGGAAGGAAGAUUUCAUUGAAGAAACUUGCCAAGAAAGUGAAGGUUAUAGGAAAAGGAAAUGAAUUAUAUGAGGCAUCACAACAAGAAUGUUUACUAAGAGGAAAUGAAUUAGAAGAUCAAGAAUCUGAAGUUAUAACACCAACUGGUUUUUUUGCAGUUUAUGUAGGAGAAGUAAGAGAGAGAUUUGUUGUUCCAACAAGUUUUCUUAAUCAUCCACUUUUUAAGAUGCUUCUAGAAAAGUCUUUUAAUGAGUCAAUUGAGUUUGAUCAAAAGAACAAGCUUGUUGUUCCAUGCAGUGUGUCCACAUUUCAAGAAGUUGUAAAUGCUGUUGGAUGUUGUAAUGGUAGGUUUGAUUUUGGUAAUUUGGUUGAGGAGUUUAUUUAGAUUACUUGGAAAUUAAGUAAGUAGUCUCCUAUUGGGUUUUUGAUUCACAUUUCCAUGAGAUAGAGAGAGAUUUAUGGAAGGUAGCGGAAAAAAUGACGCAUUCGCUAAGAGGGUGUCAACCUAAUUGAGAUGUUCGGGUGCAAUUUUUGAUUUUCCGACUACAAUUUUAUUCAAAAAAAGUAUGGGUCAUCUCUAUCUUAUGAGAAUGUUGUUUAGCUAGGUAGGAUGAAUUGAGUUUUAGAUAGAAAAUGCUAUGAAUCUUGGUGUUUUCUUUUUUCUUUUUAUGGGUAAAGGGUAAUAAUAUUCAUGUAAUAGCAAAUGGAAUUUUAGACAUGCAUCCUAGGAGUUAGAGAAUCCAGGUGAUGUUAGCCUUCAUUGUUUGCCAACUUCUUGAAGGCCUCUUGUUCUUUUCUUUUUCUUUGUUAAUUAGUUCUAAUGGAAA